AUGGCUCUCGUCCGGCAGCGCCGCCAGCUACCCCACCUCACCCUCCCGCUCGACCACUUCGCCCUGCGCACCCCGCCGCCGCCGCCGCCCCCCGCCGUCGCGCCGUGCGCCCCCGCCGAGGGCCUCGCCCGCCUCUCCGACUACGAGCGGAUCUCCCAGCUCGGCCAGGGCAACGGCGGCACCGUCUUCAAGGCGCGCCACCGCCGCACCGCGCAGCACUUCGCGCUCAAGCUCUUCGCCGCCGGGGACGGGGACCCCUCCGCGGCCCGCGAGGCCGAGAUCCUCAUGCUCGCCUCGGGCGCGCCGCACGUGGUGCGCCUCCACGCCGUCAUCCCGUCGCCCGCCGCGGAGCAGCCGGCCGCGCUGGCGCUGGAGCUCGUGUCGGGGGGCUCCCUCGCGGGCCUCCUCCGCGCGCUGGGCCGGCCCAUGGGGGAGCGCCCCAUCGCCGCCGUGGCGCGGCAGGCGCUGCUGGGGCUGGCGGCCCUGCACGCGCUCCGCGUCGUGCACCGCGACCUCAAGCCGGCCAACCUGCUGGUCGGCGCGGGCGGCGAGGUGAAGAUCGCCGACUUCGGCGCCGGCAAGGUGCUGCGGCGGCGGCUCGACCCCUGCGCGUCCUACGUCGGCACGGCCGCCUACAUGUCCCCGGAGCGGUUCGACCCGGAGGCCUACUCCGGGGACUACGACCCGUACGCGGCGGACGUGUGGAGCCUCGGGAUGGCGAUCCUGGAGCUGUACCUGGGCCACUUCCCGCUCCUCCCGGCGGGGCAGCGCCCGGACUGGGCCGCGCUCAUGUGCGCCAUCUGCUUCGGCGAGGCGCCCGAGGCCCCCGCCGCGGCGUCGGACGAGUUCCGCGACUUCGUGGCCCGCUGCCUGGAGAAGAAGGCCGGGCGGCGCGCGUCCGUGGCGGAGCUGCUCCAGCACCCGUUCAUCGCGGAGCGCGACGCGGAGGAGGCGCAGCGCUGCCUCGCCGCGCUCGUGGCGGAGGCGGCGGAGCUGGGCGACCAGUAG